UUGCAAUUUUCGAGCGGUGAAAUAUUUGGAUUGUCGGUCGGUAGUGUGUGUAUUUGAGGUUAAAGUAGGUGGUAGUAGUUAGUUAUUGAGAUGGGUAGGAACAUCCACUGCACGUACAUUUCCGAGAAGAUCAACAAAAUCAGAUGGAGACCGAACCCGUUCAACGAUCCCAAGCAAUUCGUGACCGGCAGCUGGGACAACGACGAGAAUCACAUCAGGCUGUGGGAGGUGAAGGGCUUCGAAGAGGACACAGACAUCAACCCUUUCGAAAUCAACGUGCUGCCCUUCGAUGGGGACGUAACUGAACUGAAAUGCGUGAACCCCGACUACCUCAUCGCAACCUCGAACGAGGGCAAAGUGUACCUGAUCAAGAUUGCCACAAAUAUCACCGAAGAAAUAUGCCUGUCCCAUGAGAUCGUUUGGGACGAUGCACAUCAGGGAAUGCCAUGCACCUCAUUUGCUGUGUACGAUAAAGAUAUUGCCACCGUUGGUGAGGAUGGAAGGAUCAACCUGUUGAGUAUCAUGAAUAAAGCUCCAACAAGAGUUAUUGAUGAUGCUGAUAGUUGCACUGUAAAUUGUGUUGAAUUCCUGAAAUUCAAUGAGCUCAUAACUGGAAAUUCGAGGGGACAAAUGAAGAUAUGGGAUCUGAGGGCAGACGAGGAGAAGGCCAGUCAGAUUUUCAUGCUCAGUGGCGACAGCAUCGUUGCGGCGACUUGUUUAGCACAGCAUCCCACCCAGAGGCAUCUGACUGCCGCCGGAGAUGAGCACGGCUCGAUCACCUUGUGGGAUCUCAGACAGAACACGUACCCGCUGAACGUGAUGACAUCGCACACGGAAUCGGUAACGGAGGUUCAGUUCCAUCCCGACAGACCUGAACACAUCUUCUCCUGCGGACAAGCCGGAGAUGUCUUCCACUGGUCUGGUAUCAAGCAAGGCGCCUGCGAAGAGUCUGCUUGGUACACAUCCACCACCAACAAGUACGACAUCUUCAUGCUGAUGCCACAGCUUCACACAACAAUCAAUUCCAUCGACCUGAACAGGGACAGGCUGCUCUGUGGCAGUGAUAAUGAGGCCAUGUACAUGAUCGAAGGAGUCAACAUCUACAGCUGAACAUAUUUCUUUUUUUUUUGCAUUCAAUAAAAUAUAAGUAUUUUUUAUAAUUA